CCUCCAAGAACAGCCCGAGGUCCUCCAACAACAGGAAGUCCUCCAACAACAGUUGGAAGUCCACCAACAGAUGCCUGAGGUCCUCCAACAACAGGCGGAAGUCCUCCAAGGGCUAGAGGUCCUCCAACAGCAGCCCAAGGUCCUCCAAGGACACCCAGAAGUCCUCCAAGAACAGGCGGAAGUCCUCCAACAACACCCGGAGGUCCUCCAAGAACAGCCGGAGGUCCUCCAACAACAGCCGGAAGUCCUCCAAGGGCUGGAGGUCCUCCAAGAACACCUGGAGGUCCUCCAAGAACAGCCCGAGGUCCUCCAACAACAGGAAGUCCUCCAAGGACAGCCCAAGGUCCUCCAACAACAGGCGGAAGUCCUCCAACAACCGGAAGUCCUCCAAGAACAGCCCAAGGUCCCCCAAGACUCUAUGGUUCUUCAGGCCCCCAAUGGCAACCGAGACUGUAUGGUCAACCAGAGGUCCGCAGUCCUCCAAGGCUCCGUGGUCCUCCAACACAGCGCAGUCCUCCAAGACUCUAUGGUUAUCCAAGACUCUAUGGUCAAUCAGAGGUUCGCAGUCCUCCAAGGCUCCGUGGGCCUCCAACACCCCUCAGUCCUCCCAAGUCUCUAUGGUCCUCCAAGUCUCUAUGGUCCUCCCAAGUCUCUAUGGUCAACCGGGGAUCCCUUCUACCUGACCACAACUCUAUGACCUCCCAAUGCUCCCCCCCCAUAGACCUGGAGGACCAUGGGGAUAUAGAGCGCCCCCAGGACUCUAUGGUCAGCUGCUGCCACGUGGCCACUCUAGGCCUCAAGGCCGACCACAACUCUAUGGUUAACUGUGACCCAAUGGACCAGGCCCACCACAACUCUAUGGUCAACCACAACCUGAUGGACGCUCUAGGCCUCAAAGUCCUCCAGAACUCUAUGGUCAAACUCAGCCCCAUGGCCACUCUAGGCCCCACAGCCCUCCAUGACUCUAUGAUCAACCACAACCCAAUGGACGCUCUAGGCCUCAAGGUCCUCCAUGACUCUAUGGUCAACAGGGACCCAAUGGAACACCUUGACUCGAAGGCCCACUGGGACUCUAUGGUUAAUCACCACCAACCGGCCGCUCUAGGCCCCAAAACUCACUGUGACUCUAUGGUCAGCUGUGACUCUAUGGUCAAUCAUGACCCAAUGGACGCUCUAGGCCUCAAAGUCCUCCAGAACUCUAUGGUCAACUGCAGCCCUGUGGCCACUCUAGUCCCAAAGGCCCACUGUGACUCUAUGGUCAAUCAUGACCCAAUGGACGCUCUAGGCCUCAAAGUCCUCCAGAACUCUAUGGUCAAACUCAGCCCCGUGGCCCCUCUAGUCCCAAAGGUCCACUGUGACUCUAUGGUUAAUCGUGACCCAACUGAUGCUCUAGGCCUCAAGGUCCUCCAGAACUCUAUGGUCAACAGCAGCCCCACGGCCACUCUAGGCCUCAAUGCCCACCAGAACUCUAUGGUCAACCAUGACCCUAUGGAUGCUCUAGGCCUCAAGGUCCUCCAGAACUCUAUGGUCAAUGGCAGCCCCAUGGAUACUGGAGGUCUGAAGAGCCAUCAAGACUCUAUGGUCAACCCCAGCUCUAUGGCCGCUCUAGGCCCCAAUGCCCACCCAGACUCUAUGGUCAGCUGUAGCCCCAUGGCCUCUCUAGGCCCGAAGUCCCAAUGCAACUCUAUGGCCAACCCCAACCCAAUGGCCGCUCUAGGCCCUAAAUCCCAAUACAACUCUAUGACCAACCACAACCCAAUGGCCACUCUAGGCCCAAAGUCUCAAUACAACUCUAUGGCCAACCCCAACCCAAUGGCCCCUCUCCCCCAUUCCCACCCCCCGACCCCCCGCCAUCCCCUUCCAUCCCUCCCCAUCCUCACCCUCAUCUCUUUCCUCCUCCCUUUGGUUACAAUGGGUUCAACCAUCGAGUUCCAAGGCCUCCCGGGUCAAUGGGUCCGAUACAACCCAUGGGCCUCCAACAGCGGCAGGUUGAGCUUCAACCUCAAGACCAACGUCAGCCGUUCCCUAUUACUUUAUAUGGACGACGGGGGUAAUUGUGAUUUCUUGGAGCUCCUUGUAACCGAAGGGAAACUCAGGCUCCGUUUCACCAUCGCUUGCGCCGAACCGGCCGCCAUCUUGUCCAACUCUAUGAUCAACGACGGCCGUUGGCAUCGAGUGGCCUUGAAUCGAAUGGGCCGCGAAGCCACCAUGGAGGUGGACGGGGAAAGUCAAAGGGGGAACGUGAGAUCCAAGAGGGGGGAGAUGGAAGUGGGGAGCGAUUUGUUCUUAGGGGGGAUCCCACCCGACGUCCGAUUGUCGGCCUUGACUCUGAGCACGGUGAAAUACGAGGCUCCGUUUCGAGGUUGGGUGGAUGAUGUGAGGGUCGGGGAUGAAGCCGCCAUCUUGGUUGGGGCUCAAGGGGUCCGGGGGGAGAAGAGGAAGGAGGAAGAGAUGAAGGAGGAAGAAGAGGAAGAGGAAGAAGAGAGGAGGAGGUGUGAGCUCUACCCACCCUGUGCCAAUGGGGGGCGCUGUGAGCUGAGGAAGGGGGAACCGCGAUGCGACUGUCACGGCACCGGACAUAGGGGGCCCUUCUGUGGGGAAGGUGAGGGGGGGGGGGGGGGAAGGACAUGA